UGAUGAUGAGAUGAAUUGCUGUGCUGGGGUCUGAGUCACUCUCAAUGUGCGUUCAACAGCAAAAAACAGUCAGAGCAGCAGAGAGAGAGAGAGAGAGAGAGAGAGAGAGCGGAGAAGGACGCAGUGUGGGCGGGUUAAGAAACGCCGAGAGGGAGGGGACGCCAGCGUAAUAUUCCCACCGUUUUUUCUUCCUCUGUAGAGCAGAGAAAACAAGGGCAUCCAUAUCGCUCUCUUUCGUCGUCCUUACAUCUCACCAGCCUUAAAACUAGCCAUUUUCUCCUCGGCUUGCUGUGUGUGUGAGUGAGUGUGUGUCAAAGAGCACCCGUGUGUGUUUGUGUGUCAGUGUGUGCCCUCCUCCCUACCUGGAAGGUUCGGAGGGUUUUUUUUUUUUUUUUUUUUUUUGCAGGGGGGGGAUCACCGAGCCGAGAGAGGCGGAUGCUGCGAGCGUAGAGGCAGGGUACCAACCAGGAGCAUCACCGCACUCACCACGAUGGACAGAAUGAAUUUUCUCUCCUUCUUCCUCCUUUGCUUGACUUCCGUUGCCACUGGCAACAAAGCCAAUAAGCACAAGCCAUGGAUCGAGACAGAGUACCAGGGGAUUGUCAUGGAGAACGACAACACGGUGCUGCUCAAUCCCCCUCUCUUUGCCCUGGACAAAGACGCCCCACUACACUAUGCUGGUGAAAUCUGUGGCUUCCGGGUUCACAAUGGCCCCUCAGGCUCGGGUUCGGUCCAGUUUGAGGCCGUGGUUCUGGACCGCUCCACCGGAGAGGGUCUGGUCCGAUCCAAAGAGCCGCUGGACUGCGAGAGCCAACGGGAGCACAGCUUCACCAUCCAGGCCUACGACUGUGGAGAGGGACCCGAUGGAGUCAACAGCAAGAAAUCACACAAGGCCACCGUGCAUGUUCGUGUUAACGAUGUCAACGAGUUCUCCCCCGUGUUCGUCGAGCGUCGCUACGAGGCUUCGGUCCCAGAGGGGCGUCUGUUUGACCGGAUCGUGCGUGUGGAGGCUCUGGAUGCUGACUGCUCCCCUCAGUACAGCCAGAUCUGCUUCUAUGACAUCAUCACUCCCAAUGUGCCCUUCGCUAUUGACAAUGAUGGUAACAUUAAAAACACAGAGCCUUUGGAUUCCAAACAUCAGCGUGUUCACACCUUCUGGGUGACCGCCUUCGACUGCGGGAAGAACCGGGCUCAGGCUGACGCCCAGGUCGUUGUCACCGUCAAACCGUCGUGCAAACCCGGCUGGAUGGGAUGGACCAAGCGCGUGGAGUACACGCCCGGGUCUGGAAGCAUCCCCCUGUUCCCCAGCCUUCACCUGGAAACCUGUGAGGAGACUGUCUGGAACAUCCAGGCCACCGUAGAGCUCCAAACGGGCCACAUCGGAAAGGGCUGUGACAGAGACAGCUACUCUGACAGAUCAGUGCGACGGCUGUGCGGUGCUGUGAGGGGUGAGGUCGACCUCCUCCCACCUCCGUCCCCCGCUGCCAAUUGGACAGCUGCUCUGCCCACUCUCCCCUCCUCUGACUCAUCUCUGGUCUUCUCCUUCAACGGGUCAAACCACGUUGCAGUGGUGCCCGAUUCUGUUGUCUCGGCUUUAUCGGGCGACCACUUCACCCUGCAGCUGUGGAUGCGAAGGGGCGGAGCCAACAUCCAGCCUGCGACCACCCAGACCAGAGGAAACCGCAAGGAGGAGGAGACUAUUGUGUGCAGCACUGUCAGGAACGAUGACUCCUUCUCCCACUACUCGCUCUCCGUCCACGGCUGCCGUCUCUCCCUCUUCUACUGGCCCGACGUCUCCGCUGCACGGCCCGUCAAGUUCCUGUGGAAACUGGAGCAGGUGUGUGACAGCGAGUGGCAUCACCUUUCACUCAGCGUCCAGUUCCCCUCUGUCACCCUGUACGUCGACGGUGUAACCUUCGACCCUGCCCUCAUCCAUGACAACGGAGCCAUCCCCAACCCAGCCCCCCGCCAGAGGAUGUUCAUUGGCGCCUGCUGGGAGCCAGAAGAGAAGCAGAAGGAGAUACUAAACAACACCAUCCCAGAGGGUAAAGACUCAGUGAAGUAUGUGGGAGGGUACCACGGCCUGUUGUCGGGGGUGACCGUGCGUCCGGGCAGUGUGGAGCCUCACAGUGUGGUGGAGUGUCUGUACGCCUGCAGGGAGGGGCUGGACUUUGGAGACCUGGAGACUCUGGGCUCUGGCAUGAAGGUUCAUGUGAAUCCCAGUCAGUCAGUGUUGGUGCUGGAGGGAGACGACAUUGAAAGCUUUAACCGUGCCGUGCAGCAGGUCACCUACAGAAACUCUCUACGCUUUGCCACCCCUGGAGUCCGUCCCCUCAAACUGACCACCUCACUCAGAUGUUUCAAUGAGGAGAGCUGCCUGUCCCUGAAGCAGCUGGAGGGAUACCUGGUGGUUCUCCAGCCUGAUGCCCCGCAGAUCUCUCUGUCUGGGGUUGGACCUCAUCUGGCCCGUCCUGCCCCUGAGUUUGAAGGUCCCCGUGGUGUCCCCCUUUUCCCUGAGCUCCGGAUUGUGUGCUCACUGUCUCAUGCUAUCAACACAGCUGCACAGGGCAUGGAGGGAGGAGCUCUCAUGUCUGACGCCGUGGCUCACACUCUGGACGGCUGUGAGGUCCAGCCACUUGGGGAGGAGCUAAACCCUGAGAGGGAGGAGCUCCUGGUGGACAUGGAUGUCGUGCGAGAGAGGGGACUGGAAAUCAUCAAUACCACUGCAUAUAUUGCCAUCACAGGUGCCGAGUCCAUCUCAGUGUACGAGGACGUCCUUCGCUCAGUCCGCUACCGACUGGCCAAAGGCUCGGCCCGCUUUGAGAGACGUUUCCGUCUGUCUUGCUCUGAGAUGAAUGGCAGAUACACAAGCAAUGAGCUGACUCUGGAGGUAAACUUCCUCCACUCCCUGGACAGUCUGUACCAUCCGUCCCACCUGCUUGCCUCCCAGCAGCAGUUCCUCCAUCCAUCCCACCAUGCCGGAGAGCUGAGUGGACACACACUGCCCAACCCACACCGCAACUCAGUGGUACCAGGAGCAGCCACAGUCAUCAUAAUGGUGUGUGUCGGUUUCCUGGUUGUCAUGGUAAUCCUUGGAGUGUUCCGAAUCCGUUCCAUCCAUCGCCGUGGAGAAGGUUCCAGGGGCGGGGCUAAGGAGGGUAGCAGCCAAUGGGACGACUCCGCCCUCACCAUCAUUGUUAACCCCAUGGAGUCCUAUGAGUCUCGCAUGGGCAUCUCUGCCGACACAGAGGGGGAGGGGGAGGAAGACGAGGAGGUGGCUGAGUCACCUGACGAUGCCAGCGAUGACCAGCGAAUCAUCAUCAAGAAAGAGGGAAGGGACGGCAACGCCCGUCGCUAUUGAGCCGCCAGUUCUCAUGGAAACCACAAACCGGCUCACCAGUCACACACUCCCAACACUUUUAAUAUUGACGACUGCUGACACCACUAGUAUGAGGAAUGUAUGCUUACAAACACAACGCACAACACAGUCACUGUAAUACUCUCAUACUCUGCGCCAUAUGUGACCUAUAGCCAACAAAGGGCAGAUGUUCUCCACCUAAAUGUUCAAUGGCACAAUGUAUACAGUUAAUGUAAUUUAACCGCCUGAGCAAAACCCCACCAAAAUUGUAUGUGAUGCACCAGUUCUAAAUCACAAGAUGGUAAUGUGUCUGUAUAGUGUGUUACCGGUUGAAUGAGACUGCUUUUGUUUAAAAAAAGAAAAAAAAAGAUUGUACUUUAUCUUUUAUUACUGAAAACAGAAUGAAAUCUAUACGAAAUGAAACCUGGAAAAAAACAUGCAAACAACAAGAUACAAAGCAUUGAUUCUGACAUGUGUCUGCACUCCCCAAUAAGACUCAAGAAGUCUGUGCACAAGCUUAACACCUCAACAUAUUCCUCUGCAGUCGCAGAGUGAAGAAAGUAGAUUCUGAAAUUGUCUCAUAAAAACAAUAAAAACACUUUGCUUGCAGGAUUUUUUAAUUUAUCGUGACUUAUUUAGUGCUUCAGCUCCUAAAUAUGUUUUUAUGCGGGGCUGGUGAUUAGCUGACAAAAUUCAAGGACUAUCAACCACACACCUCAUCCUUCAAACAGACUCUGCAAUACUCCAUAAAUACGAAAUAAAAGGCCUAUGAGUGUCGAGUCCAUGCAACAUCGUAAGGGGUUCAAGUUGGGAUCUCUGCAAAGUUUCAGCUUGUGCCACUACAUGACAAAAAAAUCUACAAUAAACCUGGUGCAACCUCACGUCUAACCCACCCCUCACAGUGACCACAGGAAUGUCUCUAAAUGACUCACACUGCACUCUUUCACUCACUGCAAACUGCUUUUACAAUAACUGCAGGACGUCACAUGCAAAAAAAAGGAAAACCACACACAGACACUACACACUCCAUUAUGCUACUACCCCUGCUGUUUCCAGAAUGUCCGCUCAGCUUGGGCAGUUUUGAUUGUAUUGAUUGUAAUGAAUUUUCUGUACAUACAGUGAUGAAUAUAAUGAUAUUAUUGUUAUUACUAUUAUUAUUGCAGCCACACUUUAAGAGGGAGCAGAUUAUGACUUUUACUUUGUACCCGCUCCAUUAUUUGAGUAAUCACCUUUACAGCAUCAGAAAACAGUAUAUUAUUAAUGAUAAUAAUAGUAGUAGUGAUAAGGAUGACAAUCCCUGGCUUGAUGAGUGUCUCUUACUUUGUGUGUAAUAUUGUUGUAAUUUAAGAACUUGUCGAUAUCUGAAUCACAGAAAAAUGGAGGGCACAUUGUUGUGAUACUCACACACGUCUCACUCAUUUCACAUUUCUUGGACCUUUUUUUUUUCACAUGUCAAAAACAACACCUUUUUUAAAAUUAUUUUUUCACACCAUGCAAUAUCUUUGGUUCAAUGAAUGUACAACUGUGUGCUUCUCCUCACCUAACCCACCCCCUCUGCCUUUUCCCUCCACCUCUCCCUCUGUGUCUUGCUGUCUGUCUGUGUAGCCUAUCAAUGUGCAGUGCUAAAUCUGUCAGUAAAUAAAGCCUGUCGUUUUUGACUGUGAUGUUAAGAAGGAAUAAACAAUGCAUUGAUUAAUAACUUAUAUUAUUACUAUGUUACAAUUGGAACAUUACCUGUAAUUAUUGAUACAAUUAUGACAUGGAUUAUGCUGACUUAUUGUUAUUGAGAAUUGUCAGAAAACAUAACAAAAUUCAUAAUAAAAACACUAUAUGACGUC